CUUAGAUAUUCCCAAAGCCGAUCCGCAAUGUCCACACUUUUCUUUUAGAAUCUUUGACUCCUUCUUUCCUUUCUUUGACAACAGUAUCCACAAACAUAGAUAGUAGUAGUAGGCAAAACAUAGUUAGACACACAAAUAUUAUUGACAUAACAAUAACAAUAGUAAAGUUUUUUUUUGUUCAAGGAGUAAAUACAAACCCUAGAGAGAUUUGGUGAAUCUGAAUCUGAAUCGAAUCAAGAAACAGGCAUAGGAGAAGGAGCAGAUGAUGAUGAUGACGACGACGUGGAAGUGGGUAAUUAGAGUUAUAGCAGUGACAGUUAUAUUAAGUGUAGGAAUAAUUCCGUUAAAAGUGAAAGGAAACACAGAAGGGGACGCACUGUACACCCUGAGGCGGAGCUUAUCAGAUCCAGACAACGCUCUCCAGAGCUGGGAUCCAACUCUCGUUAACCCCUGUACUUGGUUCCAUAUCACCUGUAACCAAGUUAACCGCGUCACCCGCGUGGAUCUUGGUAAUUCAAAUUUAUCUGGGCAUCUGGUACCUGAACUUGGAAAGCUAGAGCAUCUACAGUAUUUGGAGCUAUAUAAAAACAACAUCCAAGGAACUAUCCCUGCAGAGCUUGGUAACCUGAAAAGCCUCAUCAGCUUGGACUUAUACAAUAACAACAUCUCUGGAACAAUUCCUCCUUCAUUAGGGAAAUUGAAGUUUCUUGUUUUUUUACGGCUUAAUGAUAACAGAUUAACUGGGCCAGUCCCCAGGGAACUCACUGGUAUUUCAAGCCUUAAAGUUGUGGAUGUCUCAAACAAUGAUUUGUGUGGAACUAUUCCUACCAGUGGACCAUUUGAGCACAUUCCUUUGAACAACUUUGAGAAUAAUCCCCGGCUAGAAGGUCCAGAGUUGCUAGGACUUGCAAGUUAUGACACUAACUGCUCAUGAAGAUGAAUGAUGCCGCAAAACUCAACUUUGUAUUGAAUAGAUAUGUAUUUCAGAAAUUGGAAGUGUGUUACCUACAGAGUAGUGGGAUUGGUGGUAAAUUCAAUCCCUCAUAUAUAACUAUUUGUAAAUUUUACUAUACUGUUGUGCUCUUUCGAAGAUGUUAAAUACAUUAAUAUGUAUUGAUGAAAUACUAGAAAAGGGUUUACCUACCAUGCGAAUGGUUGAUUUGGUUGACUGUUUUGCUCAUAAUAUGUUCAAGACAUUAAUAUGUAUUAAUGUAAUACUAGAAAAGGGUUUCCCUAUCGAGCAAAUAGUUGAUUUGGUCUGA